CCACAUGGUCCUAAGACGUAUUCUUCUAUGACAUCACACAGCUAUUUCUCGACAUAUUUGGCAUGUAACCAGACCAUUUCUAGAGAAUAAAUGGAUGAUAACAAUGAGAUCACUAUUAAUCUCCUUCUCCUGGGAAAGACGCAAUGUGGUAAAAGUUCUCUUGGAAACAGCCUGCUGGGAAGUUAUGAAUUUGAAAGUAGGAUUUUCCCACAAUCUGUGACUAAAGAGUGCCGACUCUGCAGAAUGCGAAUACCCGAUUUUGCUCGGCGGAUGGGGAGAGAGCUGAGCCUGAGACUGCAGGUGCUGGACACACCUGGCAUUCCUCAUAGCAGCCUGAACCAGGAUGAGGUGAAGAAGAGAGUGCGAAAAGCCCUCUCAGAGCACUUUCCAGAGGGCUUACACAUGGCUCUCCUAGUGCUAAGGGCUGACAUACCACAUUGUGAAGAAGAUAACCAGCACACUGUCAAAUUAACAGAGGAUCUCCUGGGCCCUAACUGGAAGUAUUUCACUGCUGUGGUAUUCACUCAUGCCGCAGCGCUAGAAGAAAUGAGGAUGACAAUAGAGAAGUUCAUGAGCUUUGCUCCAAAAAGCCUUUCUAGCCUCCUGGAAAAUGUGCAUGGUCGAUGUAUCUUUAGGGACCAUCAACAUGAAACACUACGUGAGGAAAGAGCGGUAUUGGCCAAUCAGAUCUGGCAUUUUGUCAGACAGAACAGUUAUCAGACUUUAAAGUGUACAUGACACUCCCCUGGAAUGGAGGUACAACAUGGACGGCUACCAUUCACUACAAGAGUUUACUGUAUGCUAAUGAAAUGAAUGGAUGUACAUUCUAAUUUACAUAUUCAUACACGUUUGGUUAUAUUUCAUAAAUGACACUGUU